AUGAGGGACAAUGAUGGUAGUAAGACUCUUUUGGUGCAAACCAAAAAGGCUAUCUCAGUGCCAAAAUACUACCAGAACAUCUUAGCUUUGGCAUAUGCUGUCAAAGAAAUCAACGAGAAUCCCAACUUGUUACCAAACAGUACUCUGGGUUUUUACAUCCUCAACAACUACUACAUUUCAAGGAUGACAUAUAAGGCCACCCUGAACCUGUUUUCCACACAGCAUCAGUUUAUACCCAACUUCAGGUCUCGCACCCAGAAAACGCUGAUAGCUGUCAUUGGAGGGCAAGUCUCUGAAAUCUCAGACAAUAUCGCUACGAUUUUAGCCACAUACAAGGUUCCACAGUUCACUUAUGGAUCAUUUUCACCAGGACAGGACAGUGAAAAUGUAUUCCCACCUUUGUACCAAAUGGUCCCAAAUGAAGUAUAUCAGUACAAGGGGAUUGUCCAGUUACUCCACCAUUUCAGAUGGACAUGGAUUGGGCUCUUGGCAGCAGAUGAUAACAGAGGGGAGAUUUUUCUGCAGAUAAUAAUACCAAUGUUUUCUCAAAAUGGCAUCUGUUUUGCCUUUAUCCAAAAAUUGCCAAAGCGGACCUAUAUGCCAGAGUUGAUAGACCUGUUUAUAGAGCAGCUGGAAACAUAUCCGUUGCUCAGAGAAAACAAAGCUAAUGUGUAUUUUGUACUGGGAGAACGUUCAUCCCUUUCAGUUUUAAGAAUAUCUAAUGCACCAGAAGAAGACAUCAAAGCCUGCACUGGGGAAGAGAAGCUGGAAAACCUUCCGGGAACUUUGUUUGAAAUGAGCAUGACUGGCCACAGCUACAAUAUCUACAAUGCUGUCUAUGCUGUGGCACAUGCUUUGCACGCCAUUUACGUGUCUGGAUUGAAACACGGAAGACUGAUGAAUGGAAGGAAUUUGGAGAUUCAGAAUGUUCAGCCCUGGCAACUCCAUCACUUUGUACAAAGGAUCAUCUUCAAUAACAGUGGAGGAGAUACUGUGCAUUUUGACGAAAAAGGAGAAUUGAUCACAGGUUUUGAUGUUACAAACUGGGUGACCUUUCCGAAUAGUUCUUUUGUGAGAGUAAAAGUGGGAAGCAUGGAACCUCAGGCCUCUCCACGGAAAGAAUUAACUCUAAACGAUACUAAAAUAGUGUGGCACAGAAGAUUUCAGCAGAUGUUGCCCCUUUCGGUGUGCAACGAGCGCUGCAAACCUGGCUACAGCAGAAAAAAGAAGGAGGGAGAGAAAUUUUGCUGCUAUGAUUGUGCUCAGUGCCCAGAUAGGAUGAUCUCCAACCAGGAAGACAUGGAUGCCUGCAUCAAAUGUUCAGAAGAUCACCAUUCCAAUAUGGACAAAAAUCAAUGCAUUCCCAAGAUGAUUACCUACCUUUCCUACAAAGAACCUUUAGGAAUCAUCUUAGCGACAAUGGCUAUUUCUUGUUCCGCGCUGACAGCUUUGGUGCUUGUCAUCUUUAUGCAACACCAUGACACUCCCAUAGUCAAAGCCAACAACCGGAACCUUUCCUAUCUCCUCCUGGUCUCUCUCUUUCUUUGCUUCCUUUGCUCCUUGCUUUUCAUUGGACAGCCUGUAAGAGUAACCUGCCUCCUUCGUCAAACUGCUUUUGGCAUUGUCUUCUCUGUGGCUCUCUCAAGUGUGUUGGCCAAAACCACUAACGUGGUUCUGGCAUUCAUGGCUAAUAAACCUGGAUUUGCAAUGAGGAAAUGGGUGGGGAAAAGACUGUCAAAUCCUAUUCUUUUUUCAUGCUCUGUUAUUCAGGCAGGACUUUGUACUCUUUGGCUGAGUAUCUGCCCUCCAUUCCCAGAUUUAGACAUGCAUUCAGUUGAUAGAGAAAUUGUAAUGGAAUGCAAUGAGGGCUCAAAUGUCAUGUUUUAUUGUGUCUUGGGCUAUCUGGGCUUCUUGGCCAUUGCCAGCUUCACUGUGGCUUUCUUUGCUAGGAAGUUACCCGACAGUUUUAAUGAAGCCAAGUUUAUCUCUUUUAGUAUGUUAGUCUUUUGCAGUGUUUGGCUGUCCUUCGUUCCAACCUAUUUGAGCACUAAAGGGAAAUACAUGGUUGCUGUAGAAGUCUUCUCUAUCUUGUCUUCCAGUGCUGGUUUACUGGGCUGCAUAUUUUCCCCCAAAUGUUAUAUUAUUGUUUUGAGACCUGACCUGAACAAUAAGAAGCAAUUAUUAAGGAGAAAAAUAUAA